AUGAACGAGGAAUCCUCCGAGCCAACGAUCGAGCCAACAAUCGCGCCAACGCCUGCGCCAACGACGGUGCCGACGCCUGAAGCUACGAUCGCGCCAACGAUCGCGUCAACGGCCGAGGCAACGAUCGAGCCGACGAUCGAGCCAACGCGAGCGGCAACGCUCGAGCCAAGGGCUGAAGCCACGAUCGCGCCAACGAUCGUGUCAACGGCCGAGGCAACGAUCGAGCCAACGCCCGCGGCAACGGUCGAGCCAACGGCUGAAGCCACGAUCACACCAACGAUCGAGUCAACGGCCGAGGCAACGAUCGAACCAACGCCCGCGGCAACGCCCGAGCCAACGGCUGAAGCAACGAUCGCGUCAACGACCGAGCCCACCGCUGCAAUCGGCCUCCCUGAAAGGGCGACGUGA